GCCGCCUCCCUGUACGCCCGCAACUCGGAGGACAAGAACACCAAGCCGGUGUUCACGUUCAAGGGCCACCAGACGGAGGGGUUCGCCGUCGACUGGUCGUCGGUGACGCCAGGUGUGCUGGCGACAGGCGACUGCGGCCACAGCAUACACGUGUGGCAGCCGGGCCCGGCCGGCACGUGGCGCGUGGACCAGCGGCCGUACGGCGCGCACACGGCCUCUGUCGAGGACAUCCAGUGGUCGCCCAACGAGGCCACCGUGUUCGCGUCGUGCUCCGUCGACAAAAGCAUUCGAAUCUGGGACAGCCGGGCGCCGCCGGCCAAGGCCGGCAUGCUGCACGUGCCCGACGCGCACGACAGCGACGUGAACGUCAUCAGCUGGAACCGAACAGAGCCGUUCAUCGUGAGCGCGGCGACGACGGCAAACUGUGUCUGGAUCUGCGCACGCUGCAGGUCGGGCCGGCCGGUGGCGCUGUUCAAGCACCACUCGGCGCCCGUGACGACGGUCGAGUGGCACCCGACGGACAGCACCGUGUUCGCGUCCGGCGGCGCCGACGACCAGGUGGUGCAGUGGGACCUCUCGGUGGAGCGCGACGACGAGGCGGCUGGCAGCUCGGCCGCAGCCGAUGCCAAACUGAACGAGCUGCCGCCGCAGCUGCUGUUCAUCCACCAGGGCCAGGAGGACGUCAAGGAGCUGCACUGGCACCCUCAAGCGCCCGGCUGCCUCCUGUCCACCGCUCACAGCGGCUUCAACGUGUUCCGCACCAUCAGCGUGUGAGCGGCCGCUUGACUCCGGCGGGAUGGCGGCCUUGCCAAGACCUGAGUGUCGGGUGUCGGAGUCCAGCUUGCUGUCUGGCGCGGUGCUGAGCCAGAGUCUGGCCUGGUGCUGAGUCAGAGUCUGGCCUGCUGUCGGACGCAGUGCUGAGUCUUAGUCUGGCCUGCUGUCUGGCGCAAUGCUGAAUCAGAGUCCAGCCUGUUGUCUGGCGCGGCGCUGAGUCAGAGUCCAACCUGACGCGGUGCUGAGUCGGAGCCCAGCAUGUUGUCUGGCGCGGCGCUGAGUCAGAGUCCAGCCUGCUGUCGGGCGCGGUGCUUAAUCAGAGCCCAGCCUUGCGCGGCUCUGAGUCAGAGUUCAGCCCGCUGCCAGCACGUGGUGCGGCCGGGAGGUCACGGCGGACGAGUGUGUGACGGGGCCUCCCUCUGCUGAUGGGACAGUCCGUCGGCCGGCCGCUGGCUCCCGGUGCUGGAGGGCGGCGGCAGAUGCCGCUGGGCCGGGACGCCCUCUGUCGCCGCUGCUGAUGGCUAGCCCGGGACGAGAUGGGACCUCGGAUGGCUGCUUUCCUGAAGCGCGCUGGGGCGUGAGGAAGGCAGUGGUUGCGCGGCGAGUCAAGGGUGGUGUUGCUGUUUGGAUUGCAAGCGCGAUACGACUGCGAUUGCUCCGGAAGGGGGAUGAGAGGCGGAGGAGGACGUGUUUUUGUGCCGGGUUGCGCCGUCUCAAGAAACGCAUUGUCCGUGGUUGUGUAAUCGUGAUUGGAAGUUCGCGGUUGACGGAAUAUACGG